AUGAAUUCAACUGCUCAUAGUACAAAACAGUUCUACUUGCCCAUAGGGCUGACUGCUUUCCAGAAAGAUCUGGUGGAAAUUUUACUAAAUUUGCAUAAACAUUCAUUCGAAUCUGAAUUGCAAAACACUGACAUUGUGAAAAAUGAACAGACUUACCCACAACUUUCCACUAAACAAUUGAAUUACAUGUUUGACUCGCAUAUUAGGUCGAUUGCUAAUCAUCCAUUUCUUUUGGUCGAUCAUUACAUGCCAGGUCAGUUUCUAAAAUUAGAGUCCACGGAAAAUUUGGUUAAUGCCUCUUUAAAAUUACAAAUCCUCCAGAAACUGUUACUCUGUCUCGUGGAUAAAAGUCAUAAGGAUAACAGUAAAUUUUUAAAACUAGUUAUCAUUGCUCAUAGCGUCAAGGAAUUGGAUCUAAUAGAAGGACUGCUGCUUGGUUCGAAAUUCAAAAUUAAAAGACUAUCAGGUACAUCCUUGCAUGAUGAGAAGCACAAGUUCCCAAAAAUUCUGCCCACUCCUUCGAACAACUCGCCAACUUCUUCUUCACCUUCUUUAUCAUCAUCUAAUUCUUAUACCGGCUAUCCGAAAGAUGAUUACGAUUAUUCCAUUAGAAGGCAGUUGAAAAGACAGAGGACUCAGGCCCUGAAAUCUGAAAAUUGGAUCUUUUUAACGACUACAACACAUUUAACGAACGACAAUACACUGCUCUCCAAUUAUACCCCACUGGAUCUGGUUAUAAGUUUCGAUCCAUUUAAUUUGCCGGUUUUUCAACAAGGUAUAGUCCCCACUAUAAAAUUACUAGUUAAAGAUUCCCCAGAUCAUUAUAUCUUAAAUCACGGGCUAGGCGAUGUUGUAGAUCAUGAUCUGAAGUAUAAGAAUAUGGUUAAGUCAAUUUCACAUUUUUUACAAAAUAGAAAUAUCGAUAAUAAUACAAAUAAUAUUGAUUAUAAUGCGUUUAUUGAUGCUAUACUAAAUGAAGAUACCACUUUUCAAUUACCUGAUAUCAAACUAUCCAGAGAAAAUAAAGAUGUUUCAAUAUAUAUGACUCCUAAGUUCGAAGAAAAAGUACUUCUGGAACUAGACUGGAAAUCCUACCAAACUGAGCUAAUGAAAUUGACGAUGAACAGAUUGAAUACAUUAACGUCGAUUUCAAAUGAGAAUGAAUCUGCCAUAUUGAAUGAAAGAUCUAUUGAAACUGAAAGACAAAAUAACAUCGAUAGAUUGAAAGGGGAAACUGGAGCUAUGUUCAAGCAAUUCCAAGAUAAUGAGAAAGUAUCUAAUGAGGCUGAAAAGAAAUUGGAGAGAAUAACGACAGAACAAACUAAGUUAGAAGAAAAACUAACCAAAUUACGUGAGAAGAAGGCUAAUCUUGAAGAGCUUUUAUCAUCCCCGGAAGAUAAAUCAACAGCUUUUGAAUUGUUGCAAAAGGAACUACAAGGGCAGCUCUCUCGGUUACACGAAAUUAACGAACAGCGGUCGAAAGAAUGUGAAGGCUUGAGAAAUCUGUACCAAAUGAAAUCUACUUCUGCAGCUACAAAAUCUGCAGAAUUAGAUGCCACUAAAAAAUUGCUUGAAGAAUCGCAAAAGAGCAAAGCAAAGCCCUCAUUGACCUUAGAAUCAACUCUACUGACUGAAGCACAGCUAUCCAGAGAAUUAGAAUCGAUACGGUCCCAAAAUAGAUUUUUGAACAAUUAUAUCAGCAAGAUGACUUCGGAUUAUGAUCUGACUAACACUUCGUCGACUGCUUCCGUUGAAAGAUCCAGGAUAAGAUCUACGAGAUCGUCCACCCCAUCAUACACUGGCUAA